AUGACUUUGGAAUGAAUUACGCUGAAGGAUGAAUGUAACAUUAAUAUAAGAAAAUCUAUAGAUAAUUGUGUUGGUUUUAGCUAUAGUAGGCGAUUAAGUCAGGCCUCCGAACCAUGCACGGUCAAUGGUUGACGAAAUCUGUAAUAAAUCUUGUAACACUAGGCGAUUAUUUAAAUGUCGUCCAGACAUAUCUUGUCACCCGAAUUGAUUUAGAUUUCCUAAUAAAUUACAGAAAUAUCAAUAAUCACCCAAAACGCGCCAGAAGUAUGGAUGUUGAACACUCUACUUAUUUACAAUUGCAUGUUUCCAAGUUACAGAUAAUAUAAAUGGUAAUGGUUGAAUUUAUCGUGACAUGAUUCCAUUCAAAUAAGGAGGAAUCUGGAUUAAUUUACAAGAUGCACAGCCUAACUUACGCUGAUGUGAGAACAACCACUAUUUACAAGGCCGGACGUGUAAUCAUUGCUUUUGUUGGGAGUACACUUCUAGAAAUUCGGACCAAAUUCCGCAGUUACAAUCCCACGUUGCCGAUGUGUUUUGGAUGACAAUAAAUACAUAUCUUCUCUGUGGAACGACUUUUCUUUUGAGGAUUAUUGAAGGAAUAUGAAGAUAACAGUUUUUAAUCAAGUCUCUAUAGCAUACAGGAAUUUUCACUAUUUACCGAUACCACACAGAAUCAAUUGGAAAGUUUGCUCAGCCAAUUGUAGAAGAUAAGUGAUCUGAUAUUCUGUUUACCAUUAAGUGCAAUUACAACUAAUUGUUGCAGUUUGUCAUUGUUCAAACAUAAUUAAGCGUUUUCUAAUCACCAAAUACCAGUAUUGCUUGAAGAUGAUUCCCACCAGAAAAUUAAUUGAAGCCACGAAAGGCGACAAUAGAGUCUUCAGGCGUCGGUCAGAUUCACAAUUUGGAAGGAAAUUUAGUGAUAGUAAUAUCUCUUAUAUAUCGUCAAGUUUUAAAUUGAGGAAAGAUUCUCUUUCGGACUUUCCACGGAGAUUGAGCAUAAAAUCGGAUCAAGAUUAUCUAAAGUCUAGAAGUAGCAGCAUAGAAAUAUUUUACCAAAGCAGACGAUUUAGUCGAGAUGACGUCAUGGAGACGUCAGGAUUCACAAAGAGUAAGGUUUAUCCAAUAACCGAGAGGAAAAUUCUAGAAAGUGUCGAUGGACUGUACUUGUCAAAGACCAAACUGAUGAAGACAAGAUCAACCAAUAACCUUGGCCUACCACCACUGAAUCCAUCGAAGUUGUCGAAAAAUUCACGAAAAACACAGCGACCUCCCGGAAAGUUCCUGAGGCGGGUCAGAUCAGAAAAUAAUGUAAUUCCACCCCCUUUCAAGAACAGAAUUUUGGUGAGUCUAUGAUGGCAAUUUGCUAAUAUCAUAUUAUUUAAAAAUACUUAUUUCAUGUAAUUGAAGUAAUGUGUACAAGAGUUGUCAAUAAAGUUUGUGGACAAUAACGUUUAUGCAUAUUUUUUACAUAAACGAAUGCCCGGAAUUAAAAUACCUGAAACGUUUUUGGAUUGCAAGAAAGCAGCUUCAGUAAUUUAAGAAAUGAAUUUUAAUGGCUUCCAAAGAUAUAAGGUAUAACCUGAGCUGGGGCAGUU